CUCAAACCCCUCCUCCUCCUCCCCCGCUCUGAUGUAAACACAAGGGCCCCCAGGGCAAUCCCUGCUCCCCGAUCAUAGUGCAAAUCGCUGGAAACUCUCUCUGGACCUCCCCUCGCUUCCCUCUGAAAAUCCUUGCGAGGCGUGCUAAAUUUAGGGCCUCCAACGUCAAGCAUUGAACCAUUGAACCAUUCCUGGUUCCAACGACGUCACUCACUCACACCAACUCAAGCUCAGCUUCAUUCACGCCUCCAUCAAGACCCUUACCUAAAUAAAGGCGACUCACACCCCGCGUCGCAUCAUAUCGCACCACGACUGCUCAUCAUGUCAAGUCAAACUCGUGGCAUCCCCGUCCGCCACAUCCCCGACGACGCAGGCUACCGCCUCAUCGAGCUGCCUCCGGAGCUCGUGAGUCUCCUAGAAUCUGAUAAUGCCCCCGUUCUCACCAUCGAGGCCUCCGACACCUCUGCGCUCCUCAAAACCCCCAACAAGACCUACGCCCUCCGCCAGAAGAAUACCUCCAACGCCCUCAUGAUUCUCACUCCCUGCGCCACUCCCGAUUCCCCCGAGCAAGGCAUCGCCAUCGUCUCAACCAUUCGCGAAACCGUCGAGCUCGAGGUCGUACCCGACAAGGCGCCAGGCGCUGCGAGUGGAGGAUUGAAGAAUACCGGGAGCAAGGGCAAGUGGCAUGAGCGCUUCGGGAAGAACCGAUAGAUGAAAGAGUUGGCGUUUUGAUGGUGGGUUCACAGUUCUACGGGUUUACGGUUCAACAGAUAUGGGCACAUAUCAGGGC